UCCGAUCCGUCUGCUUUUUAGAUUCUGGAUCGUCCAACCAAAUCAUCGGAUUUCCAAUAUCUUUUCACCAGAAUGACCAAUCACACGUUCCACUGUCCAUUUCUCUCCAUUUCUCUUCCAUAUCUUUUCACCAGAAUGACCAAUCACACGUUCCACUGUCCAUUUCUCUCCAUUUCUCUUCCAUAUCUUUUCACCAGAAUGACCAAUCACACGUUCCACUGUCCAUUUCUCUCCCUGCGCUAAGCCAAUCACGGACAGGCUAGCGACGCUCCGAAUUCGGAAUGGAUUUUAACUGUAGAACAAACCACACGUAUUCAAUCGUCAUUCCUGAAAACGACUCUGUAAGAUGUCUACUAAGAAGCAUCGAUCCAUGGGGUCUGAGGAGUGGGUGAGCCGCCUGAGGGCAUUUGCCUCUUCUGGCACUUGGCCCUCCAGUGCAGGGAACAGGCCAUCUCCAAAACAAGCCAAGUGGCACAACCUCUACCAGAAGAUUGAGAAGUGUCCCAUGAUGCUGCGUGGGCAGACCUUAAUGUUAGGGAUAGCCCAGACAUGUACCUGUGGCUUUCACUCCCAGCAGUCUGUGAGAAGCCCUGCAGCUACCUCUGCCUCCACCUCUGCUGCGCCUGCACGGAGCCCUGGGAGGCCUGCAUUGACGCUGGCGAUGUUUGAGAAAGCGCGGUUUGGUGGGACUUUGUCUGCUGCAGCCAAGCCGAAUGUCAAUCUGACCAGGAGGCCUGUUGAGCGUCCCUCCAGCCCUGCCACUGUCCCGUCUGGGAGAAGCACUCCAUCCGCUACCCCACCUCGAGUGACGCCCCCUUCCAGUCCCAGAUUCUACAGGCCUGUCUCCCCUUUCUCUCUGCCUCCAUCCAGCCCCAUCAUGUCGGCGGCAAGGACCAGCUCUUCUCCUCUGUUCUGGCUGCCGGUGGAAAUGAGGAAGACCAUUCCCCAGCAGGACCAGCGCUGGAUUGCAUCCACGCUGUGGAGGAACCAGCGGCUGCGACCGGACGUCCAGCUCUGGUAUGAGCCACCUGUUCCUGCCCUCAUCUACAACCAGGUCCCAUCACCAGACCGCUUUUUUAUGCACCGGCUCCUGGUGUGGAUGCCCUACCACCUGUGGAAGGUGAGGCUGUCCUGCCCCCAGUGCAAGGGGCAGCUCACCGGGGCCGGCAUCCACAAGAGGGCACGGAAGGUCCUGGACGUGGACAGGUACUACCUGAUGGUGACGGAGACCCUCAGGUGCAACUCCUCCAGUUGCAUAUCAAAUUACCUGUCCACGAGCCAGACCGUCCUGGACCAGCUGAGCUUGGCUCUCCGCGGGGAGUUCCGCCUCAUCCUGACCCGCAAGUAUGCGUGUGACAUCCGUGUCAUCCGGAUGCUACGGGAGAGGACCCUCGGCAACAGCUCCACACGCCUGGCCAAACAGCUGCGGGAGAACCACGGCGAGGAGUGGCUGCAGCGGUUGGCCCGCUACAUGGAGCUGGCCAAUGACUUUGCCCGCAGGCCCGGUCUCUUCCCUGUGGUCUGUCAGAGCCCCCCCGAGCCUAUCGCUGUCCCGACCAACAGGUGGCUCCUGACGGUGUACGGGAAGGACUUGAUGAGCCGUAUGGGUCACAUCAAGGCCAGCAUCACCUCCACCUUUGGCUCCAUUUUAAAAAUGGAUUCUACAAAGAAGAUGACCAAAAAGCUGGCUGGAGCCGCCAAGGGGACGGCGCUCUGGGUGUCCUCCGUCAGCAACGAGAAGGGGCAGGUCCUGAUCAGCGUCCUGACAGCCCAGGAGGGACCUGGACUGGACCGGAUGGUGUCAGGCCUCAUCAGGCGCUACAGCGAGGCGGGCGUGGCUCCCCCUAUACUCCUCUAUGUGGACUGUGGCUGCUGCAAGGAGACGGGAGGGGAGAGCAAGCUGCAGGCCAGGUUCGGCGGCUGGCCAGACCUCGUCAUCCGGCUGGACAUCUGGCACUUCCUUCGGCGGCUUGCGGCCGGAUGCACGACCGACGCCCACGCCCUGUACCCCAUCUUCAUGGCCACGCUCUCCGUCUGCCUGUUUGAGUGGGACCCUGAAGAUGUGGCCCUUCUGCGCCACGCCAAGAGGGAGGAGCUCCGGAGGGAGGGUGUGCCCGGCAUCUCCGAGGCUCUGGUGGACAGCCGGCUGACCAAGGCCCAGUUGGCGCUGUACUGCAGGCGGAGGACCCGUGGAGAGGAGGCCACCAUCCGCCAGGUGGAGGCCCUGCUGCAGGAGCUGAUGGGGGACAAAGGCAGGGACCUGCUGGGUGUUCCCCUCCUGGACCAGGUGAGGAUGGAGCACAUCUGGCGGGUUCAGAAGAGGCACGUCAAGUGCAUCCAGGACCUGCCAGGUGUGCCUCUGUACACAGAGACCGGCACCACCACCACCAAGGACGGCGUCGUCCUCACCAAAUACAGGUGUGCGCGAGGUUCAACGUCACUGGAGUCCUUCCACUGCCACCUGAACCGCUUUAUUCCAGGGACCCAGGCCAAUGACCUGAACUUCCAGCUCUACUUGCUGGACGGGCUGAACCGGUGGAACCAGGACCGGGCUGCUGCUGCUGUGGCUGAGAAGAUGUCCGCUCUCCUCAGCUACUCAGGGGAUCUGGUACACUGUGUGAACACAUUUGGCACCAAUGUGUUUGGACAGAUGUUUGUCCCCUCUUUCCGCCUCCCCAGCAAGUACACUGGAGAGUUGAUAGGCAUUGACUACCUCUACAUGCAGACGGGGAAGUGCAUGCAGGACAUGGAUCCUGAGGGGGAGGAGACGGAGCAGCUGCUGGAGGACCUGGGCGACGAGGCAGAGGAUGAGGGCUUCACAGACGACACCGAGGCUAGUCUGGAGCUCUUCUCUGCCCUCAUUUCACUACCACCUGCUCAGCCCUCCACCAGUGGUUCCUGGUCCGCUGCUCCACCUCCUCCUUCUCCACCACCGGCUCAGCCCUCCACCAGUGGUUCCUGGUCCGCUGCUCCACCUCCUCCUUCUCCACCACCACCGGCUCAGCCCUCCACCAGUGGUUCCUGGUCCGCUGCUCCACCUCCUCCUUCUCCUCCACCACCGGCUCAGCCCUCCACCAGUGGUUCCUGGUCCGCUGCUCCACCUCCUCCUUCUCCACCACCACCUCCACCUGCGUCAUCUGCUGUCACCGCUCCGGGUGCCGCCCCACAGGUUCCUGUUGAGCAGUUGGCAGUGGAUGAAAACAACAUCCCGGGCCUGGAGAGGGUGGACCGCCUAGCCGAGUAUCUGGUGGGGCUGAGGAGCCAGACCAGCCUGGCCCUCAGCAACCGGGAUGUCGGCAUCAUCGUCGGCCUGUGGGAGGACCUGCUGCCCUACGACCAGCAGAAGGCGGUGUACCAUGCACGGCACCAGGACAGGCUGCUGACGGGGCGCUUCAGGUCGCCGAAGAAGAAGGGAGAGUUCACGUCGGGUGUGGACAGUUUGCGGAGAUGCACCAUAACAGCGAGUGCAUCUCCUGCACAGUGGCCUUCAUGCUGCCGCCUGGUUGAUGCCAUCUGUGUUAGGCUCUGCACCCUCCACCCUUCCCCUACCAAGAAGGGGAAGGGGUACCUCUCAAGGUGGAGUCUGAUCCUGAGGGACUACCGCAGGAUCAGACAGCUCAUCCUGGCCAACGGGGCCGUGAUGUCCACCACCAGCCUGCAGCUGGUUGAGGUGAACCAGACCACCCUCAUCCAGUGGCACAACAGGAGGGUGGCCAGGCAGGGUGUCUCCGUGUUGUGCCAGGGUGUGGACCUGCCUGCCCCUGUGCCUGUUGCCACCGUGGUCUUACCUCCGGGUAUGGACCGCCCCGCUGUGGCUCCUCAAACCCCGGGCCUGGUGAAAUAUUCCUACCACCUCCCGGAGAGCACAGCGGGGCGGGCCAAAAUGAACCGGAGGGCCACAGCCACUGCCACCGCAGCCGUAGCACCAGCACCAGCACCGGCACCAGCACCAGCAACGGCACCUGCAACGGCUGUAAGGCCCAGGAUGAAGACAGCCCAGAGGCGGCUGUUUCCCUGUCCUCCCACCCCUGCCCCUGUCAUCAGCAGCACCCCUGCUCCAUUUGUUUUUGCCCUCCCCCGGGCCCCUGCUCCAUUUGUUUUUGCCCUCCCCCGGGCCCCUACUCUCUCCGGCACUCCUGCCCUCACCCAAUCCCUCCCUAGCACAUCAUUCCUCCCGGUAAACCCCCUGUUGCGCUACCCUCACGCCCAGCCCCCCAUUAUGUUUGCUGUCCCCUCAGCAGUGCCUCCUGCAGAACGGAAGAGGCCUUACAACAGGACUGGGGAGGCAAAUAAAUGCAGGAGGUGUGGGGAGCCCCGGAGUGCAGCGACUGGCCACAGCCAGUACAAGGGGAAAAUCUACUGCCCCUCCUCCGAGUCCCUGACCAAGGAGCAGUGGUUGGCGGAGAGGAGGAAAUAAGAUUACCAGUGUAUAGUAUCUAUGUUAUAUGUUAAAAUAAACAUGUUUAUAUAUUAACAAAUGUUUUAAGAAUUAUUUGCUGGUCAUCUUAUUCGAAUCAUUAGCCAGAUCCACUCCACAAGAGGAAGCAACAUACUACUAUUGCAAUAUAAUAUGCACACAAAAUGAUUUAUAGUUGAAA